AUGACUCCUCAUAACACUAUUCCUGGCGAUGGCGCUGUUAGUCAUAGUAUUAUUUACGGUGGUAAUUUUUUCAUGGGUGGAAAUAUUGUUUUCGGUGAAGGCAAUUCCCAUGUUGAAAAUGAUGAAUAUGAACAUUCAACUACUUUAGAGAAUUCCAACGACGAGACGUUUAUGGAUUUUUCCAAUGAUGAUAAAGCCGAAAAUUGUUCAAAGUUGGAACUUUCACAAAAAGUUGCUUUGGAGUUGGAUUCGCAAUUUUGGAAUAGAGAAGAAUCUCCAUAUAGUUUCGAUCCUGAAGAUGGAAAACUAAUUAAUGAAUAUUGGAAUUCAUUAUCUGUCAAACAAUCUUUGCCCAAAUCUGAACCCCAAAAACCACUAAAUUCUGACUCACCAUCGACUGGCUUGGACGUUGAAAUACAAAAAAAAGUUAAAAAACGAAAACAGCCCCAGGAACCACUAAAGUCAACAAAAAUUAACUCUCCAUCGACUGAUUUGAAUGUUGAAAUACAGAAAAAAUCUAAAAAACGAAAACCUAAAAGUGUCAUUUCAAGCAGCGAUGAAGAGCGAUCCGGGAAAACAAAUAUAUCGUCAUCACAAACCACACUUUCACAAGAUUCUGGGAAUACUGAACCUAAGAAAAUCAAAAAAACAAAAUAUAAAAAACGGAUAGAAAAGCAACCUAAAGUUGAGUCAAAUGAUCUUGGACCGGAAAUUUCUUCAGAUUGGGAACGUGAUAUUGGCGACAUUGAAUCUGUAGA